AUGCUUCUCCUUGAUGAGAAUCAGGAGGUCCUAACGCUGGUAACAAACUCGCUUAAGAACGAUCUGAACCACUCCAAUCAAUACGUGGUUGGUCUUGCCCUGUGUACGUUGGGCAAUAUCGCCUCAGUCGAAAUGUCUCGAGACCUUUUCCCGGAGAUCGAAAACCUGCUAUCAACCGCAAACCCCUACAUUCGAAGAAAAGCUGCACUCUGUGCCAUGCGAAUAGCCCGCAAGGUGCCAGACUUACAGGAGCAUUUCAUAGAAAAGGCCAAAGUCUUGUUGUCCGAUCGGAAUCACGGUGUUCUCCUCUGCGGAUUGACGCUUGUCACAAGCAUGUGCGAGGCAGACGAGCUCGAGGGAGGUGAGGAGGGUGUCGUGGAGAUGUUCCGUCCAGUCGUGCCACACCUGGUACGAACAUUGAAGGGGCUUACUAGUUCUGGAUAUGCGCCGGAACACGAUGUCUCUGGUAUUACUGAUCCUUUUCUACAAGUCAAGAUACUGCGACUCUUCAGAGUAUUGGGCAGAGGUGAUGCAACGACGAGCGAGCAGAUCAACGAUAUACUUGCGCAGGUUGCUACAAAUACCGAAGCAUCAAAGAAUGUUGGAAACUCGAUCCUUUACGAGGCUGUUUUGACCAUACUAGAGAUAGAAGCGGACUCAGGUCUGCGGGUCCUCGGUAUCAAUAUAUUGGGCAAGUUCCUGACGAAUAAAGACAACAAUAUCCGCUACGUUGCCUUGAACACUUUGGUCAAAGUUGUGACUGUGGAGCCGAAUGCUGUUCAGAGGCACAGAAAUACCAUCCUCGAAUGCUUGCGAGAUCCUGAUAUCUCAAUUCGUCGAAGAGCGCUUGAUCUCAGCUUCACGCUGAUCCGAGAGGACAAUGUUCGCGUUCUCAUUCGAGAACUUCUUGCCUUCCUUGAAGUGGCCGACAACGAGUUCAAGCCUGUCAUGACAACACAAAUUGGCAUUGCUGCUGAUCGUUACGCACCAAACAAAAGAUGGCACAUCGACACCAUGCUCAGAGUAGUCAAGUUAGCUGGGAAUUAUGUCAAGGAGCAGAUCCUCUCGUCGUUCGUGCGGCUGAUUGCAACCUCACCAGAUCUUCAAACAUACUCGGUGCAAAAGCUUUAUGCUGCUUUGAAAGCCGACAUAACCCAGGAAGCUCUGAUACUGGCCGGAACAUGGGUGAUUGGAGAAUAUGGAGAUGCGCUUCUGCGCGGGGGCUCCUACGAGGAGGAAGAACUCGUUAGAGAGGUCAAAGAAAGCGACAUCGUCGAUCUUUACACCACAAUCCUAAACUCCACGUAUGCCAAUCAAGUGGUCACCGAAUACAUCAUCACCAGCGCCAUGAAACUUACCACCCGCAUAUCAGACCCUGCUCAGAUCGAUCGAAUUCGUCGCCUCAUGUCUCAGCGAACCGCAGACCUCAAUAUCGAGAUUCAACAAAGGGCAGUGGAAUACGGCAAUCUUUUCGGCUACGACGAUAUUCGGCGAGGUGUUCUCGAGAAGAUGCCACCACCAGAGAUUCGAGAAGAACAGCGCGUUCUUGGCCAGGCCACGACCUCCGCUAAAGACAAGCGAUCGAGUAGAGCGCUCAAGGAUAAAUCCAAGAAGCUGCCUAAGCCACCAGACCAGGACCUGCUGCUAGAUCUAAUGGGUGGAUCCGAUGUUCCUUCGUCAGAUCUCAAAUCAUCUACUAAUGGCAGCAACAAUACAGCCGACCUGCUAGCAGAUAUAUUAGGUGGGGGCCCGACAACUAGUCCGCCUCGAAAAGCCGCUGGUGCCGCUGGUCGCCAAUCAAACGCAGAAUCCAUCAUGGAUCUCUUCGGCGGUGGUGGAGCACCAGCCAAUGGAACACAAUCAUCUCAAAACUCGGCACCGCAACAACCCUCAUCAUCAUCUAUGGACCUCUUCUCCGGCACGGCCACUUCCCCACCACCAACGCAAUCACAGUCCCCAGCGCCUCCUACCGCCCAGCCAGUCUACAACAAAAACAACCUCGUCGUAACCAUUCAGGUCCACCGGAACCCAGGGGCCUCUUCAUCCGCACAACUUCUCGCUCGCUUCCGAAACGCCUCAAAUUUCGAGCGACUCAGCGGGGUAGGGCUGCAGGCCGCGGUGCCGAAGAGCCAGAAAUUGGUACUACAGGCUAUCAACCGGAGCAUGUUGGAGGGUGGGGAAGAGGCGACGCAGGCGAUGAGAGUGGCGGGCGUUAGCGGGAAUCUACCGCCGAAGCUGAGGUUACGACUCAAGAUCAGCUAUGCGAAGGAUGAUGGCAGCCCCGCGGUCACGGAGCAGGUGGAUUGGAGCGAGUCGUGA